CUCAUGACCCUCUUCUUCGGGUGUGUUGUCGCCGCCCCCCAGUUCACCCCCGCCCCCCCCGCCCCGACGCCCGUACCCAUUCUCAUGGACGAGAGGGACCCCAUUGACAACUAUGGGGGUUAUGGGUUCAGGUUCCGCACCGGUAACCGCAUCAACUUCUCCGAAUCCUCCGCUCCUUCUGGUCCCCUGAGGAAGAUCGUCACCAAAGGAUCCUAUUCCUUCCACCAUCCCGACGGAUCCCUCCAUCACCUCACCUACACUGCCGACGAGAAUGGAUACCGCCCCGUGUCUGACAUGAUCCCCACGCCCUACCCCCUCCUCCCCUGGCAGGUGGAACAGGUCCGCUUCGCCGAGAGAGAGCGCCGCCUGAAGGAGCUCGCCGACGCCCGCGCCGCACUCAAGGGCCGAAGAUAAAUCCUUUUUCCUCUUCAGAUCUUCUCUAAUUCAUAAAUAGUAUUUUUGAUAAAUAGUAUUCAUGUUUUGGAUAUUUAUUCAUAGCUUGUUAUGUAUAUAACAAACCUCCGACCAAAAUAAAAGCUAACAUCGCUUC